GUACCAGUUCCUAUCGCAACGUCUGAACGCUUGCAUGAAAACAAAACGUUAUCAUAGUGAAUUGUGUUGUGCUCUGAGUUAUUUUUAUAUUUUGCCUGAACUUUGCUGACGGUAUUGUUUUUUAACCGAUAAAAUAGUUAAAAACAAAUUAAAAAUAAUUUCGAAUAAAUCAUUUAUCGUUUUUAGAAUUAAUAAUAAUUUAAUAUCUGUAUUAUUGUAAAUUGGAAAGCAUUUCACAUCUAUGUUUAGUAUAAUUAAAACACUUUACAUCGAAGGUCGCUUUAUUAUUUUACAAUAAUGUCGAAUAGUGAAACCGUUGAACGGGAGUGUAGCGCGAGAUAAAUCAGCUUGUUUUCCUUAUCAAGAUUAUAAUAGUGAUAAAAAUAUCCAAGAGAAAACUAUACAUUGGUUACUUGUCACGUGGAAGUCAACGUUUGUGCUCAUACUGCGCCAAAAUGUUGGCUAAAAUAUUCACAACCGUCAAAUAUACUUUAAUAACAGUUAAUUUUCUAUUUCUGGUGACUGGAAUUAUAAUACUGUCCGUGGGUAGUUCUGUGCAGUCUGCGUACAAUGGUUACCAUGAAUUCCUGUCAGAGAGAUUUUUCUCUCUUCCAGCGUUUUGCAUUGCGACUGGUAUUAUCAUCUUCCUCAUUUCUUUUGCUGGUUUUUACGGAGCAUAUAUGGAAAACUAUUACAUGAUUCUAGCGUUUGCAGGCUCGAUGUUGUUGAUGUUCAUAUUUCAACUGUCAGCGUGUAUCGCUGGAUAUGUGUUGCGCGGGAACACAGUGGCACUCGUGCAGAAGCAGCUCAUCAGCACCAUGGAUCUUUAUGGUCCUGACAAAAAUUUUGAAGUCACCAAGCUGUGGGAUGAAGUACAGUCCGAUUUUACUUGUUGUGGCGUGAUCAACUCAAGCGAUUGGCUGACUCCAUUGAAUACCAAUGAGUCUCGAGGUGUUCCUGUCAGCUGCUGCAACCACGUCUAUGGUGCUAUAAAUACUUUCACUUGCAACACCACAGUUGCAUACAUCACUGGCUGUUCUGAAGCCUUUGGUAAUUGGGUUCAAUCACACGCUGCGGCUAUCGGUAUAUCAGGAAUAUUCCUUGUUUUAAUGCAGGCUCUAGCUGUUGGUGGUGCAGUAUGGCUGGCUAACAUCACGAGACGAGAGAGAGAGUUUCCAUAAAGUAAUGUAAUGAAAGCUUAUGUUAGGUGUAAUUUAAAAAAAAAUACAAUAUUAAAUUAUAACAUAAAUAUAUAUUGUUUUUUUUCUCUGUUAAUAAUUUUCACCGUGCUGUGGAAAAAUAACAAAACGAUGUUAAUUAUUAUUUAAUUAGGACAAAUUGAUAUUGUAAUUAAGAAUAAAAAUAAACUCCAAAUAUGAAUUCAGGAAUUGAAAACAUACAUUCAAAAUAACGAUGGUCUUCAUAUUAUAUAUCACUUUGUAUUUUUGUAAACAAUUUGUCAAACAUUGCAUAUUUCCCGUUAAAAGCUUGAUGUACUUAUAUAAUCUUUUAGUUAUAUAACUUUUAUAUAAUAGUUAUGUGUAUUAGGUACAAGUGUGAAUUUUGAAUAUAUUAUGUAGAUAUUAACACUGCACUCAAGCAAAUAUAUGUAUUUAAGGCCUUAUUGUAAAUAAUUCUUAUGUAAAUAAAAAAUAAACAUUUGUUGACGAAUACUAAAGCAGCCAUGUGUUUGACAAUCUUUUAACUGGUGGCCUUAAGCAUUCGUGGAGAAAGGAAAAUUGUACUUACGUAUAUCAAGAUGGAAAAGUUUAAAAAAUCAGAAAGUUGAUCUCAAUCAUCAGUUUCAGAUUUAAUUGUUAUUAGAGUAGUUAUAAUUAAGAAGAUGUAAUAAAGUUAGAAGGAGUCGGUAUAAAAAACGGCAACAUAUUACAAUAUUUAACAUCAUAUUUGCAAAAACUUGGAAGUAGUCACGGUAAAUAUACCUGGUGACAUUUAUAUCCCCAUACUAUUAUCAUUCUCGUUACAAAGAUCUACCUCGGUUCUUUGCUAUUCAAUAUUUAUAAGCGUCGGCAUGGAAUAAACGCACAAUCCACUUAUUAUUUCAGGAAGAUUUCUUACAUCUAAUUAACAUAAAUAUUUGUGUAGCUAGAAGACAACUCUACCCUAUGUAUUUUGUAAUGAGUUUUAUUUUGACCCUAUGCUAUGGGCCUUGACAAAGUUACCGGACACUACUCAAGCCAGGUUUGCCGCGAAGCGUUUUUAGAAUGAUGAUUUUAUACACUAUCAUCAUAGAUAAUUGUAGUGCUGUAUUACUAUUGCUUGUAAUAAAUAUUAAUAAUAUUUUA